CUUACCGCAACAGACAGCAGAGAACAGCCAACCUAACUUGAAAAAAAAUAAGUUGCGGUUUUAUCUAUCAAGAUGUUUAAAAUACGUAAAGCUAAGGAUGAGGAGCCAACAGCUCCUGGCCAGGUAAACAUUAAAAAGAGAUCAAGUGUGCCAGGAGUCAUGAUUACUCAGUUUGUAGAAGAACUUCCUGAAGGCAUGACCACCCCAGAUUUUACUCGGAAACCCAUUGCUGUAACUAUACAAGAAGGAAAAAUUGCUAUUUUCAAAGCAGUAGUUAUUGGCAAACCAACACCAACUGUGACCUGGGUGAGAAAUGAUGGGGAAAUUGAUGAAGAACGGUACAAAAUCACCCAGGACAAGAAUUCAGGAGAAUACCAACUACAGAUGCCUGCUGUAACCGUGGAUCAAGCUGACACUUACAAGUGUUUGGCCAGAAAUGACUACGGAAAAGCUGUUGUGACUGCCACACUUAAUGUUAUUGAGGUUGGCUUUAAAAAGAACAGAGCCCUGCAAGAAUCAAGAACAGCUGUCAGAGAGGUACCUGAGGACUUCAAAAAGGCCUUGAAAAAUAAGGUUGAUAUCGAUGCAAAAGAAGACAAGAAAGGAGAAAUUGAUGAGAAGUUUUGGGAAGUGUUGAUGAGUGCUGACAAGAAAGAUUAUGAGAGCAUCUGUGCUCAGUAUGGUGUCACUGAUUUCCGUGGGAUGCUGAAAAAACUCAAGGAGAAGAAGCAGGAAAGAAAUAUGGAACAAGAAAGGGUGGUUGAAAAGCUUUGCAACCUAAAGCCAGUUGAGCUGAAGGCUGAUGGUGAUGCAGAAUUUGAGCUUGAAAUGUCCCUUAGAGACCCUACCAGCAAAAUCUUCUUAUUCAAGGAUGGAGUCAUGAUUCCCUUUGAUGCAGACACAGAUAUUAAACAUGGACUGAAGCAAGUGGGAAAGAAGUUUGUGUUCAGUAUCAAUGGUGUUAGUGCAGAGGAUGCAGGAUUAUACCAAGUGGAAGUUGACGGAAUUAAGAUCUUCUCUACAGAUUUCAAACUUCCCCCCGUAGACUUCCUGGUGAAGAUUCAGGAUGUGAAAGCAGAAGAAAGAGGGGAUGCUGUUUUUGAGUGUGUUAUCUCACAUCCCCUGAAACAGAUAACUUGGCAAGGAAAAAAUGUCGAACUGGAGCAAGGGGAAAAAUUUGACAUCUUGGUAUCAGAGGACAUGUUGAUUCAUACAUUGGUGGUGAAAGACUGCUUUCCAUUGGACAAAGGAAUAUAUGCAGCAGUGACUGGGAUGAAAUCCUGCAGUGCCUGGCUUAUAGUUGAAGCUGACAAAGAUCCAAAUUCAAUUGGGAAGAAGAAAGCUCGCAAAACAACCAGAGCAGGAGGUGGUAACCCUGAGCUUUUAAAGAUUGCUCAAGAGCAACAGGCUAAGGUACAGAAAGAGAGGGAUGAGUUACUUGCAAAAAUAAAAGCAGAGGCAGACGCCGCUGCAGCUGAAAAAGAAGAAGCUGACGCUAAAGCCAAAGCUGAAGCAGAGGCCAAAGCAGCAGCUCUUGCUAAAGCUAAAGCAGAAGCAAAAGCUAAAGCUAAAGCAAAGCCAAAGACAGGUGAAAAGGCAAAUACCAAAAAAAAGGCAAAGGCAAAGAAGGAAGAGGAGGAAGGAGAGGAUGAAGAGGAAGAAGAAGAAGAAGAAGAAGAAGAAGAUGAGGAGGGAGAGGGAGAGGGAGAGGAAGUAGGAGAGGAAGGAGUUGUACCUAAGGCUUCAAAACCAAAGCAAAAAGUACAAAUAAAGGAAGGAGAGGCUCCUGCUGAAGUUGCUGAUACAGAAGAAGAGCCUGUUCAAGAGAAAAGAAAGAGAGUGAGAGCAGGCCCACUUGUACCUGAUACAGUCAUUGACCCAGGAGUAUACUUCACCGGCGGUCUGUCGGAUGUAAAUGCAAUUAUUGGUACUGACGCAGAACUGGUCUGCAGACUGAGCAAUGAGGAAUGUGACGGAGUUUGGUUUAAAGAUGGGAAAGAGCUAACAGCCACAGAUGAUAUUUGUAUUGUAAAAGAUGGAUUGUACCGCAAAGUAAUCAUCAAAAAUUGCAAAGAAGAUGAUGCUGGAAAGUACCGAUGUGAGGCUGAUGGGCGUAAAACAGAAGCUGUGCUGGGUGUUGAAGACCCACCAAGAAUUGACCCUGAUGACCUCAUUGAAUUCAUAAAACCUGUUACAAUCAAAACAGGAAAAGAGGCAGCUUUCAAAGUGUCAUUUGUGGGCCGGGAGCCCCUGAAGAUAUAUUGGUACAAUGAGGAUGAAGAGCUUUUGGAGGACACUCACAUCAAGAUUGAGAAGUCUUCCUCACACAGCCGCCUGCUGUUAACUAAGUGCCCACGCAAAAUCACGGGAGAAAUUAAGAUUAAGAUUAAAAAUGAAUGUGGAACAACUGAGGCAAUCACACAGCUUGUUGUGUUAGAUAAACCAACACCACCGCUAGGUCCAGUGGAUAUCAUAGAAAGUUCUUCAACUUGCAUUGAUUUUAAAUGGAGGGUUCCAAAAGACAAUGGAGGUGCCCCUAUCACAGACUACGUCCUUGAGCGCCAACAAAUUGGCCGAAACAGCUGGAAGAAAUUAGGCAAGAUUGGCCCAGAGCCUAAAUACAGGGACGCUGAUGUGGAUCAUGGCAGGAAGUAUUGCUAUCACAUCAGGGCAGAAUCUGAUCAAGGCAUCAGUGAAAUGAUGGAGACUGAUGACAUUCAGGCAGGGACAAAAGCAUACCCCGGACCUCCUUCCACACCAAAAAUUGUUAGUGCUUUCAAAGACUGUAUCAAUCUUGCUUGGACUGCACCAGGCAACACUGGAGGAACCAAUCUUUUGGGAUACAACGUUGAGAAACGCAAGAAUGGCAGUAAUCUGUGGGGCCAAGUCAACCCACCAGAUGAGCCCAUCAGAGAGAAAAAGUAUGCAGUGAAGGACGUUGUUGAAGGCAUUGAAUAUGAGUUCCGUGUGUUUGCUAUCAACAUUUCUGGUGCUGGAGAGGCAAGUUCACCUUCUGAGUUUGUGUUUGCAAGGGAUCCAAAGAAGCCUCCUGGUAAAGUUAUUGACCUGAAAGUGACAGACUCUACAUACACCACCUUAUCUCUUGGCUGGACCAAACCUAUUGAGGAGGAAGGAGUUCAAGAUGAGGCUAAAGGAUACUUUGUGGAGCUUAGACCAGCAGAAAACCCAGAAUGGUGUCGCUGCAACUCCAAUGCCAUUAUUAUGACCUCUUAUACUAUCAUGGGUCUGAAGUCUAUGGCCAUGUACUGGGUAAGAGUUUUAGCCACCAAUGAGGGUGGAGAUGGUGAGCCUCAAGAGCUGAACAACUAUAUCAUUGCAAUGCCUCCUCCAGUGAGACCUCAAUUUACUGACAAAAAGAUUAAGAACUUCAUGGUGAUGAAAGCUGGAAACUCUGUUCGAAUCAACUUUAACUUUCAGGCUUCUCCCAUACCAGCUAUUAAAUGGCUCAAGGACGGUCUCCCUGUAGCUAAGCAUGUGACGGUGAGCAACACAGACACGUCAUCACAGCUCAUCAUUGCUGCAUCAGAACGUCAUGACACUGGGAUCUACACAAUCAUUGUCAAGAACCUUGUUGGUCAGGAGACCUCUAGUGUUGAGAUAAGAGUCACAGAUGACCCAAAGCCUCCAGGUCCUGUGGAGCUUGAUGAAAACGUAUCAGGGACAGUGACAGUCUCUUGGUCCCCCUCUCCAGAUGAGAAGAAAGAUGACAGGCUGCACUACAUGAUCACCAAGCGUGAUUCUGUGAAACGUUCUUGGCAAAUUGUAGCAGAUCACCUCUUCAACAAUAAAUAUACUGCCAUCAAUAUCAUGCCUGGAAGACAGUAUAAGUUCCGGAUCUACGCCAAGAAUGACAUGGGAAUGUCCAAACCCUCUGAAUCAGCCUCAUGGGAAGUGAAGAGAACAAAAGAUACAUUUACUUUGAACCUUCCUGCCUCUAAGGACUGCAGCUUUGAAAUGCCUCCCUCAUUCUCUGUUCCACUUAAAACACACAAAAGCCCAGAGAGCUAUGAGUGCUACAUGAGUUGUGCCGUGACAGGAAACCCCAAACCCUAUGUCACCUGGUACAGAAAUAACAUUAGCCUGAACACCAACACCAACUACUACAUCACUAACACAUGUGGAGUCUGCUCCAUGGUGAUUCUCAAAGUCGGGCCCAAGGACAGUGGUGAUUACACAGUCAUUGCUGAAAACGCUCUUGGCAGAGUGGAGGGUUCAGCUAAACUUGUUGUUCAAGAUUAAAAUUAUGCAGUCAGCCUGAAGUCCUCAAGAAGCUUGUUGCUGUGACAAGAAUGGAACUGCCACUGUUGUUUUAUAACCUGCUGCCAUACGUGCUUACUGUUCAUGAUUCACUGUAUUAAUGUGUUUCAAUUAACCUUGAAUAAAAAAAUACUGGUCAAAAGAAAGAGGGAGCUCUUGAUAACAUUCAGCAAACCUUUUUAAAGCCCAAUUAUCGAAUGGGUUCUGUUGUUUCUCAGGUGAAAUUUUACUCAGUGUACCUACUGGAUGGAAUUAGCACAUUGACCAGGGACUUCUGGAGUUAGACAUUAACUCUGUGCUUAUCUUGCAUCAAAGUGUUUUAUUUGUUGACUUUUUU